CCCGGGGUGCUCGUGCUUAGCGUAGAGCGCGCCCUCGCGGCUGCUGCAGCGGAGUUAAUCCGGUCUGAAGUGUAAAGCAAUAAUUUGUUUUAAGAGUUGCUGCCUAGCAGCUUUAAGGAAGCUUUAGACGUUGCCAGUUUAAGAAGCAAUCAUGCCUGCUGAAGGAGGGAAAACAGACAUGGAGAGGAUAGGCCUCUUCAGCGAGAUGGAAUACGUAACUGUUGGUGAUAAAUAUGUAUCAUCAUAUAAUCGAGCAUUUAAUGAGGCUGCAACCAAAAAUAGACAGAUGCUACCUGGGGGAUCCAAAGCAAUAUCAGCCCUCCAGGCAGGUUAUUUUGAUCCUCAGUUUUCAAGGAUUUUUGAAGGUGAAGGCUAUAUAAAUAUGAAUCAAGUGAGGAGACGGGCUAUGAUGGAAGAAGCCAAAAAGAAUAUAACCAGAGCCUUCAUCCCCAGUAGCGGAGGGAAGAAGCCGUGUGGAUUGGGAAGUUACUAUGGAACAAUAGGUGGUCCAAUCCCAUUCUUCAGUGCACAGGCAAAACCUAAGGAUAAGUAUGAACCACCUGGAAAGAAUUUAUACACAAACCCAGGAAAGAAAGGAACUGGAUAUGGCUAUGCAAAUGUGACAAUAGGCAAGCAAUUAUCACACUCUGCUGAUUUUUAUGAUGAGGCGAAAGUAAAUUAUAAGAAACACAUAGAGGACCACCACCGUUUGAUGAAGGGGGCUCCAUUCAAGUUAAAUCUUUACCCAAAGGAUUACUUUGAUGUUAAUCCUUACUUAUUUGAGAAAACUUUGCCUCCAAUCAAAAAAGAAGUGAAAAAAGAAUUACUUUCAGGUGCUUUUAAACCCUCUUCUCCUGGGAAAAAACCUGGUGGAAUGAAGGCUGGAACAUUUGACCCAUAUCCGUCACAUUCUGUUGAACCAGCUGUGGUUAAAUUCAGAAAGGAGCCUGUCGGAAAAAGUGAGAAGAUUUUCCAUCCGCCAAAUGGACCAAAAAGCAGACCAAUUGAAAGUAUAGUGGCUUUGAAUGUCAAAAGAACACUGAAUACAAAUAAUUACAAGACUGCUUCAGUACAGCCCUAUUAACUGGAAGACAAGUAGCUUUUAGAUCCUGACGACCAGUGACUCCUUAUGAAGAGCUAAUUGUUGGAAAAAAAA